AUGGCGACGAGUGAACCAAAACCGCGUGGCAAUUUUCAAAUGGAGCCAUUUGAUGAAAAGGCUACAACCUGGAAUCGUUGGGUGAAAAGAUUUGAGACGGCGUUGGCGAUUUUUGGUACGAGCGAGGCGAUGAAGGCUAAAUAUCUAUUACAUUUCAUGGGUACAGAGGCUUAUAAUAAGCUAUGUGACAAGGCUUUACCCUUGAUACCAGAGGAAUUGCAGUAUGAUAAUAUUUGUGAAUUGCUGGAGAAGCAUUAUAACCCUAAACCCAAUGAAAUAUUUUUGAACUUUAAAUUCCACUCACGUAAGCAAGAACCUACAGAAUCCGCCGCAGAAUAUUUAGUGGCUUUGAGACAUCUAGCAACGGGCUGUGGAUUUGGUGAAUACCUGGACAAAGCACUGAGGAACCAGUUUGUGUACGGCAUAGGGAACAGAAAGAUUCAAGGCCGGUUAUUGGAAAAGGACGAUUUAACAUUAGAUGAUGCAAUACAUUUGGCAAACAUGUUUGAACAAGCUGAAAAGGGGUUCCAGGAAAUGAAUAAGCAGCAAGAAGCCGUUGACAUGGUGAAUAUGAGAAAGACAAAAGAGAGGGAGAAAAGAGUCAGAGAGACAGAACAAAGAGCGAGAUCGAAACUGAAUACAAACUGUGACAGAUGUGGCAGCAGUAAGCAUAAUUCAAACGAUUGCCGUCACAUAAAUUCUGUAUGCAAUUUUUGCAGAAAGAGAGGCCACUUAAGGCGUGUGUGUUUUAAAGCAAGAUCUACAAUGAAACAAAUAUCUGACGGCGAAGUCAGUGGAAAGGAGGACUCAGAGCAAGAAGUGUGUAAGAUGGAAAGUAAUGGACAGAGCCCCAGCAUACGGGAUAAAAUUCUAUGUACAUUGGAAGUAAAUGAUCGUAAUAUCACAUUUGAAGUUGACACGGGAGCGCCGGUCACCAUCAUAAGUCUUGCCGAUGCGUACAAAUAUUUUUCGAAGAAAAUACGAAUUCAUGAACCAGAUUUGGAACUCUAUAGUUAUUGCAAGACGCCUAUAGAUUGCGCGGGAUACAUAUGGGUGAAAGUAAGAGCCAAAGACAUAACAAAAGUCAAAAUGUAUUUAGUACGGGCCAAUCGGAAACCAUUGCUGGGAAGAGAGUGGCUGCGGUUAGUUAAAUUAGACUGGCUGAAGAUGUUAAAAGGAAAGAGUGUGUCAUCGGUAAGCGUAAACAAAAUUCAGGAGUCGGCGAAUUUGGAAGGUCAGUUAAGGAGUAUCUUGGAGAAAUAUCCAAAUUUAUUUUCGAAGUCAGUGGGCAAAAUUAGGGGGUUUCAGGCGCGUUUGAAUAUUAAAACCGAUGCUGUUCCGAAAUGUAUGAAGGCGCGACGAGUACCUUUUCCACUGUUGCAGAGAGUGGAAGAUGAAUUAGAUGACCAAGUAAAAGCUGGAUUAUUGGAAAAAGUGGAACGUAGCGAGUGGGCUACACCAAUCGUGGUGGUCAGAAAGAAAGAUAACGAUAAGUCCGGAUAA